CACUCUCUCUGGCUCGCGUAUAAAGCCUGCCCGGGUCGCCGCCUUCAUUCUUCUUCCACCCUCCCGCUCUCUCCAAGCGCAGCAUGUGCGUGCUGCCUUCCCACCGACACGACCGGUAGUUCUGAGUCAAACCUACUAUCUGCUACGCCACAGACAUGAGCUUCCUCACAUCACUUCUCUCGGAUAUCGAUCCCAGCGCCGCGGCGCAGGCCCCAACUCCCUCAGUCAAACCGCCGCAACCUCCCAAACCCCCGAAACCGGCACCGAUCCAAGCAGCGCCGACCAACGGGAUCGCUUCGACACAACCCACGAAGCGCAAAGCUGAGGGCGACGCGACCCCGGUUCCGAACAAGGUCCAGCGUCGAGAUGCGCCAAAUGGAACGAGUGGGACAGUUCGGCCUGUGCAGGGAGUCUACGGGUCGAAGCCGAAAGCGCCAGGUGCUCCCGACCCACUACCAUAUCGUGGAACUGCAACGUCCACUACAAAUAUUUUGAAUGCGUCGAAGCCUCAGAAGCGAACUCCGGAUCCUUCCUCCAAACCGAGCACAGGAACGCAGUCAACAUACACGGGUUCAGGACCUGCAGUGAAGGCCGCGCCGAGGCCUGUGGUUCCCCAAGCGCCUCCAAAGGCCGGGUCUUAUGCAGCUAUUCUAGCAAAAGCCAAGGAAGCAGCAGCAAAUCCCGCAGUCCUGACUAUCAAACACAAACCCGCCGAGAUUUUGACGAGGAAGGAAAGACUGGCACGGCUAGCGGAGGCCAAGGCUAAGAAGCCGGCUGGGGUAGAUAGGAAACCUGCGCCGAACAAACAUGCCGCCCCAGGCCACGAUGCUGUUCGUGCGAAAGCGGGACCAGCUGGGAAGGAAAAGCCAAAGCCAAAAGCCGUGGAUCUAGGAUACCAAGGCACUAUGCGCCCAAAGCCAACGGUCGAAUCAGGUUAUCAGGGCACGAUGCGCGGUGGACCACCCCCACCACAUACACGGGCUGGAACUGGUCCUGCGGCUCGAAAGCAGAGCUUUGACCGGAGUCGAAGUGGUUCUCUCGCCGUAAAGCCGAAAGCAGCAGCACAAAAGGGCGGUAGAAUGGCUGGUCGCGCCUACUAUUCGCAGUCAGACCUUGACGAUGAAGAAGAGGAUGACUACGGCUCCGACGAGUCUUCUGACAUGGAGGCGGGCGCUUGGGACGUUGAGGAGGAAGAACGCAAAGCGCUCUUGACUGCUAAGAAGGAAGACGAAGAGGAGUUGAGGCGCGAGAAUGAGCUUAAGCGGCUCAAAGCCGAGCGUAAGAGGAAAGGUUACAACUAAGUCUUCGUGACUGACCUUUACGGAUUGCUUUCAGAUUGGUUCGUUGGCUACACUUUUUUUUUUCUCGGUUUAGAGAUCAUCAUGUCCCUGUUUACAGGCCGGAUGGAGUUUGCUGCAUACCUGCUCGGUGCAUGGGCUCGGGCUUGGCUGGUCAUGACAUUAGCAAGGCGUCCAUGUUUGUGUUUUUGGCAUACGACGGUCGAGGAUCGGUGCUGUCUUCGAUGAGCUUUAUAUCACAGGUAGUACUGCUGUGGGCGAUAAAGAGUCCAUAGCGUAAUUACGAGUAUUUGGUAAACCCGUUCUGAU